UCUCUCUUCUAUGUCCUGCUGUCAGCUGGUUGGAAUAACACCUCUCUUCACACUCGUUGAAGUCAAUGCUGUUUUUUCACUCUUACUGUAAGACUACAGUACUGACCCACUCUGUCAGGACAUAUACUGGUCUGGGAGGACAGUGCAGCAGGGAGGCCUAAGAAGGUGGGCUGGUGUGAGUGUCUCCUCAGCAGUCAUGGGGAGGUCAGGAGCGCUCUGGGUUUGGACGCCGGGGACGGUGGUGCAGUUGUUGCUUCCCCUUCUCUCUGUCACCUGCAUCUAUGGUCUUUUUCCCCCACAGCCACGAGUCUUCCUGUCAUUUCAAGAAUUAGAGAAAACCCAGUCCUUUGAGCACUACACUCUGUCUGAGAGGGCCAUGGACUAUAGGAUCCUUUUCAUGGAUGAAGAUCAGGAUCGUAUGUAUGUAGGCUGCAAGGACCAUGUACUCUCAAUGGACAUCAACAACAUCACCCAUGGCACGUUGAAGAUCUUCUGGCCGGCAUCCACCAGUAAAGUCGAGGAAUGUCAGAUGGCUGGCAAAGACCCCACACAUGGAUGUGGAAACUUCUUACGAGUGAUUCAACCCUAUAACAGGACGCAUCUGUUCAUUUGCGGCAGUGGAGCCUACAGCCCAGUGUGUGCAUAUGUGAACCGUGGCAGGCGUCCUGAGGAGCAAGUAUUCCACAUCUCUUCACGAGCCGAAUCAGGCAAAGGGAGGUGCUCCUUCAACCCACAGGUCAACACUGUCUCGGUCAUGCUCAAUCAGGAGUUGUUCUCUGGCAUGUACAUUGACUUCAUGGGGACAGAUGCUGCUAUCUUCAGGAGCCUGACCAGCAAGAACGCAGUGAGGACGGACCAGCAUAACUCCAAAUGGCUGAGCGAGCCAGUAUUUAUUGAUGCCCACUUGAUUCCUGAUGGCUCAGAUCCGAACGAUGCCAAGCUCUACUUCUUCCUGCGUGAGAGACUGACAGAUAGUAGUGGAAACACUAAGAACAUCCACACGAUGGUGGCCCGAGUGUGCCCUAAUGACACUGGUGGGCAACGUAGUCUGGUGAACAAAUGGACCACGUUUCUGAAGGCGCGCAUGGUAUGUUCGGUUCUAGAGGAGGAUGGUACCGAGAACCACUUUGAUGAACUUGAGAGUGUGUUUUUAUUGGAGACAGACCACCCAAAGGGCCUCCUCCUCUUCGGAGUCUUCACCUCCACAAGCUCUGUGUUCAGAGGCUCUGCUGUCUGUGUGUACAACAUGGCCGACAUCUUGACCAUCUUCAAUGGACCGUUUGCACAUAAGGAAGGGCCAAACUUCCAGUGGGUGGCUUUCCAGGGCCGGAUCCCAUACCCACGGCCAGGAACUUGUCCUGGUGGCGCAUUCACCCCUCAUAUCCAGAGUACUAAAGAGUUUCCAGAUGAGGUGGUGACGUUUGUGAGGAAUCACCCCGUCAUGUUUAACCCCAUUUAUCCGGUGGGCAGGAAACCUCUGGUCGUGCGAACGCAUGCUGAUUACAAGUACACCUCCAUAGCUGUGGACCAGGUCGCCGCAGUGGACGGACACUACCAAGUCCUCUUUCUGGGCACAGAUAAAGGCACAAUUCAGAAGGUCGUAGUUUUGCCAUCAAACAGCUCUCUGGAUGAGGAUCUAAUCCUGGAGGAGCUGGAAGUGUUUAAGAAGCAGUCUCCUAUCACCAACCUACAAAUUUCUUCUAAAAAGCAACAUCUGUAUGUAAGCUCUGAGCACGGAGUAUCUCAGGUGUCUUUGCACCGUUGCAAUGCUUACGGUGUGGCCUGUGCGGACUGCUGUUUAGCACGGGACCCAUACUGCGCCUGGGAUGGACUCAGCUGUUCCAGAUUCUACCCCACUGGCAAAAGGAGAAGCAGAAGGCAAGAUAUUAUGCAUGGGAAUCCACUGACACAGUGCAGAGGUUUCAAUCUCAAAGCCUACAGAAAUGCAGUGGAGCUGACCCAGUACGGAGUCAAAAACAACACCACCUUCCUGGAAUGCCAGCCUAAAUCUCCUCAGGCCUCCGUUAAAUGGCUCAUUCAGAGAGACAAUGAUCGCAGGAAAGAGGUCAAACUGAGUGAUCGUGUGGUGUCCACAAAUCUCGGUUUGCUCAUCCGCUCUGUGCAGACUUCAGAUCAGGGCCUGUACUACUGUCUGGCCACAGAGAAUGGCUUCAAGCGCACUCUGGCCAAGAUCCGUCUGCAGGUGCUGAGUGAGGCUCUGGUCAGCGCGCUGAGUGACAAACAGCAGUCUCCCUGGGGCUGGGCAGCCAUGCUGAACCCUAAAGCCCUAGUGUCGGCCUUCAGUCCAGCUGAGACGCUCGUAAUGCACCAGUACUGCAAAGAACGCAAACAACUGCAGAAUGUGCAGAGCAUGCAGGCCCCCAUGCGAGGAGAUCUGGGCAAACUCAAACCCCUGCUGGACCACAGGAAGAGUAGAAACCGACGGAACCACUUACCAGAGGAAUAGAGAGGUGGAAGUGAGGUGGAAGUGGAAGUAUAUAAAAAGGGACGUGAACAAAAAGGAAGAGGAUGAAGAAAGUAAAAGUUAUAAUGACAUGCAUCAGGAGAGAGGACAAGAGGAAAAUCGAAGAGGACAACGAUGGAGAAGAUAAGCUCAAAAUCUCCUCUAAAAUGAACUUAAAUUAUUUUUCCAAACUUAAAGCAUCAUCCAGGGUGCUUCCUGGACAGCGCUGUUAUAUGCAUGAGGAACGCAUAGAUCAGAAGACUCUGAUCUAAUUACUAUGACUAACCCAAACCCACUCUGACCCUAACCAAACAAAAACCAUUCAGUUUUGCACAUUUUGUUUUUAACCUAAAACACAUUAUUUAAUUUAUUUAUGGAUCAUUUUUCCAAAUGAGGAUGUCCUCAAAUAUCUUCAUAGGGACAUACACGUACAGACACGCACGCGCAGGCCCUCAAGCCAAUUUGUUUCAUGUUACAUAAUACAAGAGCCCUAAAUUCCAUACUGUAUGUCAUAUAGUAAUGUGUUUAUUUUAAGUUCUAACUUAUAUGUAACAUUUCAGAAAUUAAUGAACAAACCAGAAAGUAAUGUAUGUAUUAAAGGGUUAGUUCACCCAAAAAUGAAAGUUCUCUCAUCAUGUACUCUUGUAUGACUUUCUUUCAUCUGCUGAACAUAAACAAAGAUUCAUUAAGAUUUUUGGUCCGUUUUUCUUGAAGAGAAAGUGUGUACAUUUUAACGGCGUAUAUCUGCUUUAAAAAAAGUGUUCAUUUUAUAUGUAGGCAGAUACACGCAUGACACAUGCUUUUGAUUUUUGAUAGGAAUUUUCCUUUAAUUAAACAAUCUAUUCAUAAAAUAAUAAUAAUAGUUUUUUUUAUUGUUUUUUUUUAAAGAUUUAUGCAUUUCAAUUUCAGAAUUAAAUUCCCUCAAUUUGUUGUGUCAUUUUUAGGAAAAUUUAAUUUAUAAAAACUUAUUGUAACUAUAAAAAUUUUAUUAUGAAAUUGAAAUGUGUAAAUCUUGUGUUUGUGCAACAUUGAUAUACUACAGUAUUAUGUUUGCACACUACAGUAUGUUUACAGCACGUUUACAGCAAAUGUCCUGCAGAUUUAAUGUAAAUCUACCUACAAAUCCUCAAUACCUCUAACUAGACUACAGGGCUUCAUUAAAUGCCAAUAGACGCCGAAGUAUCAGUGGCCUUCCCAGAUUGAGAUUUAAAUGGUGCUACAGUCCAAGCUUGUUUUCUUGCAAAUAGAUUGUUUAUGGUCACUGAAUUGUCCAUGACAGUUCCCCUUUCAUGCAAACGAAAUCAUGAUGUACAGGCCAAGGUACAUCAGCCCAAGCUGCACCACAGAUGCUCAGAUAGGGACUGGGAGAGAAGAUGGUGUGGAGUUGCAAUUGUACCAUCUCAGACAGGUGACUCACUGAGCUCAUAAAACUGUACAGAUCCCUGUGUUGUGUUUUGGGAACAAUUUUAGUGUUUGAGAUUAAACCGUUUUGACCAUGAUUAUAGCUUGUCCUUCACUACAGUGGCAUGUGUACUACUAAAAUUGUAAGUGUAAAAUAGAUUUUCUAAAGCCCAAUAACAUGGUGUUUCACAUAAGAAUAGACCCGAUGAGGCAUGUUGUCAUAGACAUUGAGUCGUUGUUAAACAGGCACAUGUUUGCUGAUGUUACAGAAUGUUGUGGUUUGCUCUGUAAUGUGUAAUGUGCUUGUCAAUCAUUUUAGCUGAUUUGUGCAGGAUGUAGAAAUGUUUGGAUUGUACAAGAACCAAUUUAUGUUUAAUUACUCGAUGAUGUCUGUGUUACUUAUGUCUGUUUGUAUUUCUUAUGUUUUUAAAAUGAAUCAUUUUGUUUAUUGUUUAAAGGGUUCUGUUUCGAUUCAAUCUCAACCUGAGAUUCAGUUCAUAAUUUUGCAAUACCGAUGUACAGCUUUUACAUGCAUUUAAAUCACCUGUAAACUGUUUUUUUUUCUUUUGAAAUGUAUUUUAUGCCAAAUGACUUCAGAUGUUCUUGACUAAAUCUGCAUUUCGCAGAGUUUGAAGUUUCAUGUUCGUAGUUUUCUGUGGCAUCUCCAAAGCGAUGUAGAAUAGAAUUAUGUUUUAAUAUUAUACAGUAGCAAACAUGAAGCUGUAUUUCCUGUGAAUGUUAAGGAUGAUUUUAUUAAAUGUCAUGGUUUGUGUAUUCUUAUUUAUUAAUGAUAUAAGCCUGAACAACUGCAUUAAAUCAUUUCAACCUGU